AUGCGGGCGAGGACCAUGCAUUUGAUUCGCAAGGCUGCAUUGCUUUCAGCCACGGGCGAUCAUGAUGAUGUUCGGAAGGUGGAGAUUGGAGAUGUUCAGAUGAAUGUCGGGGUUCCUAUCAACCCCCACCUUGUCCCUGUCAACUUUGGGAAAGCAGAGGAGGAGGACGAAGAGACGCUACAUCAUCUCCGAUGGAUGCUGCAGAAGUUUCAGCUCGGACAGGACAUGUUCCUCAUCGGAGGCCCGGGGCCCCGGCGACGCCGCCUAGCCCUUCACUUCUGCGAGGUAGUGGGGAUGGAAGCAGAGUUCUUGAGGAUCACAAGGGACACGACGGAAUCAGAUCUCAAGACCCGCCGGGAGAUCUCAGGAGGGACAGCGAGCUGGCACGAUCAAGCUCCAGUUCGGGCAGCGAUCCAUGGCCGCGUGCUGAUCCUCGACGGCAUUGAACGAGCAGAGAGGAAUGUCCUGCCAACCCUCAACAACCUGCUGGAGAACCGAGAGAUGAGCCUGGACGACGGCAGGUUCUUGAUGCGAGCUGCACGCUACGACGCCUUGAAGGAGGAGGGGGCUGACCUGGCGGGGUCGAAGAUGAUUCGAGUCCACCCAAGAUUCUGCGUGAUAGCCCUGGGGCUUCCCAUCCCCAGAUACCGUGGGUACCCGCUGGAUCCUCCCCUCCGCAGCCGCUUCCAGGCACGAGCGAUCGACCCGUUCUCGGUGGAGGGAGUAGUGGAAGGAGUGGAGCUGCGGGGGGCGGGGGAUGCGGCGGUGAUGCAGAAGCGGGUCAAUGCUCUGCUGUCAUUUGCGCAGACCGUCAAUCUCCUCCGGGCCGAGGACGCGGACGUGACGCAACUUGAGCUCAACGAGGCCUCGCUGAGCGCCAUCGUGAAGCACAUGGUGAAGUUUCAGGGGAGCGACGUGGGCAAUGUCGUGAGGAGGUACCUGCCCUACAUUUUGGCGCGGACGACGGCGGGGAGGAGGAGCGGGAAGUCGGAGGAGGAGGGAGAGAUGGAGCCGAGCAAGUACAGGAUCAGCAAACUGCUCAAGGAGUUCAAACUGUCGGGGGAGGCGGCGGGGACGUCGACGUUUGGAUCCUAUGUGGUGAAAGGGAUUGCUCCGUGUGCUGAGGACAAGAUUAUUGUCUCUUUUGCCAACACGCAGGCAGGCAAGAACGAGGUGGUCGAGAUAGAGACAUGGGGAGCCCCACACUGUAGUCCCUCUUCUCUCUCCUCCUCCUCCUCCUCCUCCUCCUCCCAGCCUCUGUUGAGCGAGAAGAAAGUUUUCAUCGAGACGGAGGCGACCAGGAGGAUCUUUGCGGACGUCUUGCAGGACUUGGCGCUGGGAGCGAAUCCUUGCGUCGUCGGAGAGAAGGGGACGGGGAAGAGCGCGCUUGUUCUGCGGGUCAGCAACGCCAUGGGCUACGGGGACAGGAGGAAGAUCAUUCACCUGUACAAGGACAUGAGCGCUCGAGACCUCCUUGUUCGCAGAAGCACCAACUCCAAGGGCGACACGAGCUGGGAGCUGGCUCCCCUCCUGCAGGCGGCCCAGCAGGGGGAGAUGGCGAUCCUCGACGGGGUCCACCGGAUACCUCCUGAGACGCUAGCGGUGCUGGAGCCCCUGAUGCAGGACCGGAUGAUCUCCCUGCCCAACGGCUGGCAGCUGCUGAGGAGCGACCGAUGGGAGGCGAUCAUGGAGGAGCAGGGGCUGGGUGAGGACGAGAUGCAUGCCCUUGGCCUCCUUCGCGUUCAUCCCUCCUUCCGUGUCGUUGCCAUCGCGGCCCCCCCGUCAGCCGAGCACGACUGGCUCACGACGGAGAACGCGUCCAUGUUCUCCUUCCACCGUCUGGAGCCGCUGGAGGAGGAGGUGAACGAAGCGGUUUUGCGUGAGAUGUUCCCCGAUGCUGCUCCCGAGCUCGUUCACGCAGCCGCUGCCAUGGCGAGGGAGUUUGAAAAGCUCAAGGGGGAGCCUGUGCUCGAGGGCAGCUCCAUCUCUCUCUCCCUCCGCCAGCUCAUUCGCAUCGUCCGCCGCUCGAGCUCGUACCCUCAAGACUUCGUUCCUGCGCUGGAGAGGAGCAUGAUGAUGCCGUUUCUCCCGCACUCAAUCCAAGAGUCUGUCCUGCGCGUUAUCUCCAAGGUCACUUCCUCCGUCCCGCUCCUGAGCCCGCAGAGCUCGGGAGGAGGAGGAGGAGGAGACUUCGAGCUGCAGGUGGGUGAGGAGAGGGUGAAGAUCGGCGAGGUGGAGAUGGAGCGAGGAGAGCCGAGGACUAGGUCGCUGGUGCCGGACGUUGUCUUCCACGACAUCCCCCAGCACAGGAGGAUCCUGCAGGACCUGAUGAAGGAUCUGAUCAGCGGGGAGAAGCACAUCCUGCUCAUCGGGAACCAGGGGUGGGGAAGAACAAGAUCGUGGACAGGCUGCUGGGUCUACUUCGGCUUGAGGGAAGGUCGCGUCAUCAUGAUCGACGAGGCCGACAAGGCUCCCCUCGAAGUCGUCUGCAUCCUCAAGGGUCUCCUGGAGGACGGCAGCAUGAUCCUCAGUGACGGGAGGAGGCUGGAGCGCAACGGGGGGAGGGAGCGGGAGGGGAAUGGGGGAGGAGCGGGAGGGGUUGUCAUACCCAUCCAUCCCAACUUUCGCGCCAUCGUCCUCGCUAACAGGCCAGGCUUUCCUUUCCUAGGCAACGAUUUCUUUCAUGAGUGCGGGGAUAUCUUCUCCUGCCACGUGAUCGACAACCCGGACCGAGACUCCGAGCUUGCUCUGCUCCGACACUACGGGCCUGACGUCGACGAGGUUCUCCUCCGCAAGCUCGUCUCCAUCUUCAGCGAUCUCAGGCGCGCCAUCGAGGAGGGCAAGCUCUCCUACCCCUACAGCACCCGCGAACUUGUUAACCUCGUCGUCCACCUCCAGCGCUACCCCGAUGACCCUGUCAACUCCGUGCUUGACAACGUGCUCUCGUUUGACAAGCAUGACAAGCUGGCCCUCCUCGCCGUCAAGAGGAUCAUCGAGAGCCAUGGCAUACCCGUCAGUGCAGCUGGGGACAAGGCGGUUAGGCUCGGGGAGGAGCGGCCGCUUCCAGAGCUCCGGCCGCUAGCGAGUUGGCAUGCAGAGGGGAAGGCGAUCAGCAGCAGCGUGCGAGCCAAGUCGAUGGACUUGCAUGACUUCUCUGUAGUCAGGGAUCAGCUCUCCUCCUCCACCACCACAGCCCACGAGCGGCUCACUAGCUUCUCGGAGAGGCUUUGGACCUGGUCCCUUCCCUCCAAGGCCGGCAGCGCGUUUGCUGUCUGCUCCUCCUCCGAUGGGGCCGUCCAUGUGCUCUGCGCGCCGCUGGUGAUCUACACAUUCCUUCCUCCUGACUUCGUCUCCUUCUACCGCUUCGACCUCUCCGACUUCAUCAGCCUCCUCAGCUCGCUCGGCUCCAGCAUGCGCAUGUAUCCCCUCCCUGCCCUCGGGUCUGUGGCCCUUCUGAACCUCCGCGGUGACCUCGUCCUCCUCCUCGACCACAAGACUCCCAAGGUGAUGGUUUGCAAGAUCCCCAAGGUCAAGGGUCCCUCCUCCUCGUCCUCCUCCUCGGAGCAGGAAGACCAGGUGAGCUGGUCCAACUUCUUUGAGGGCAAGAGGGGGGGCGACGGGAAGCAGAGCAAGACGGUCUGCAAGGUGGUACCUGGGGGACACUCGCUCCUCCUAUACACGGUUGGCAGCGACUCGUUCCUCGUCCUCGACUUCCAGGAAAGGACGAGCUUCUCAGUCCAGCUGCCCUCGGGUAUGAGGAUCAAUGAGCUGUUCCCCAUGCAGAGCAGCCACUGGAUCCUGCGGGACGACAAUGGGAACGUCUUGUACGGUGAUCUCAGCGGCCUGACGGGCAAGGAGCGGCAGGGCGAGCUGCUGUGGAUGCCGAUCGUGGAAGAGGCGGAAGGGGAGAAGGAAGUUCAGACCAGCGGGGUAGCAAAAUCCAUCAGGUCCGCUGAGUCGUGCCAGAGGAAGGUGGGGGAGGAGGAGCAGAACAGGCUCGUGCUCGCAUGCGACAGGUCCUUUGCGACGAUCUCGGAUCGCCCGCUCUCCUCCGUCGACUUCCACACUCCCUCCUUGGGGUUCAUCGGGGUUGGUGGCGACCACAGCAUGCAGCUGCUGUCCUCUCCUCGUGAGGACGGCUCGCAGCCGCAGCAGGAGCUGGGCCCGCUGGUGAUCCUCAGCAACGGCAACAUCGUGUCCUACAGGGAGGACCCCAAGGUCGGGGCGCACCUGGAGGUGGUGGAUGCGUUCAGGAGAAGGGUAAAGACAAUUCGUCUGCAGCCCAGCUCGCAGGAGGAGGAAGGGAAGGAGAGGAGGAAGGAGGUGGUGGAGCUAAUAUCGAGGAUGGAGGGGGAGGGAGACCUUGUGACGGUGGGAACAGUGACGGAGGGACGAAGGUCGGAGCAGCGGGUUACCAUCUGGAAGGUCUCUGCAGAGGAGCUGCAGCUCGAGCUGGCGCAGUGGCGCAAGCUGAUGGGGCUGGGCAGAAGAGGAGAGGGGGAGGGAGGAGGAAAGAUCCGGCUCACCAGGAACUGGGACAAAAAGCAGCAGGCGUCGGGCCCCAAGCACGGGAAGGCGCCGGACGGGAAGAGACAUGCGGGGGGUAACACCUGGGCAGGAGGGACAGGAGGGCGGGAUACGGCUGGCCUGGGAGGGAAGGGAGGACCGUACCGGCUGGACCUCGACGACGGGAACGAAAUCAUGCAGAUCUCGGACGAGGAGAAGCAGAACAUCAGCGAGGAGGCGAAGGAGGCGGCGAGGAAGAUGGGGCAGGAGGAGCUGCAGAAGACGCUGAAGCAGAUCGGGAUGAGCGAAUUCGAAUCGGCAGCCUACGACAAGUUCCUCCAGCCGGUGGAGCAUGACAUCCGCCACAUGCGCCUCCUCCUCGAGCGCGUGGAGGCUCGUCAGAAGGAGCGGGAGUGGCUGAAGCUGCAGCCCUUUGGCGAGCUCGACGACUCCCGGCUCAUCGACGGAGUGGUAGGGGAGAGGCUGGUUUACCGGAGGAGGGGGGACAAGGCCCCCGAGCCCGGCUCCCCCCAGAAGCUCCCGAAGCGCUUCAUGUUCGUGCUCGACGUAAGCGCGAGCAUGUACAGGUUCAACUCCUGGGACCGCCGGCUCGAGCGCUGCUGCCAGAUGGUGACGAUGCUGAUGGAGGCCCUGCACGGCUUCCAGCACAAGAUCAGCUGGAGUGUAGUCGGUCACUCGGGGGACGGGCCCGACCACCGGCUGAUCGAGUUUGACGAGCCUCCCACGGACAAGGCGCAACGGCUGAGGAUCGUCCAGACCAUGUGGGCCCACGCGCAGUACUGCUACACGGGGGAUCACACGCUUGCAGCGACUCAGAUGGCAAUGGAGGAGAGAUAG